AUGAUAUAUUCAAUAAUUAUAAAAGAAUUUAUAGAUUUAGAGAUAUCUCAGUUGAUUUCAGAGAGAGUUGAAUCAUCGAAAUAUGAUUAUCACGGUGUAAAAUAUCAUCGUGUACAAAAUUCCAUUAUCAACAGUGAAUGGUACGAUAUUUACUAUCAUCAAUUGGGUAUAGUACCACAACUCAAUAGUUUACUCAACCUUAAGCUAGUUUCAAAACAAUGGAAUAGUUCAAUCAAUAAACUUGUCAAUCAUUUCAGAUUGAACAAAGAUAACUAUAAGAUUAAUAGCUAUAGUCAUGUCGAACCAGAUUCAAUCGUUUCUCUGAGGAUCGAUGGAGAUAAUUGUUCUGCCACCAAUUGCAAUGAGAAUGAUAUACUGGAGCAUUGGAAAGACAAGUUGUCUCUCGAUUUCUGUCUUCAGAUACCCCAUGAAGCCGAAAGCAACGUUCAGGCAUUCGUAGAUUCACUGAUGGCCAAUAAUCAAUUGGAUUCAUUUUACUUUCGAAACUACUUUGGAUCGACAUCAGAGUGUAAUGAAAGUCUAUUGUUCGAUUUUAAAAAGUAUAACAAGUCGUUCAAAAAAUCAGAAAAACACGCUCUAGACUUUGAAGAAGAAAUCAACGCUGAUCUUUAUCCAAAUCAUUUCGGUCAAACCAGACCUCUAUAUUAUAAAAAACCUGAAACAAAUAAAAAUGACGAUGGAGAUGAAGAAGAGGAUGAAGAGGAGGAGGAAGAAGAUGAAGACUUAAGAUUUAGAGAGGAUGACGAAGAAUCACAAACUAUAUUCAUUUUUGAAAAUGAAAAGAAAACACUUGAAUUUUGUGAAUUGGAUACAUGGAAAGACGAACAAAGUCAAGGUUCAUUCUCUAUCAAUUUAUUUAAAAAUAAAAAUACUCCCAUUUAA